UUGAGAAUGUGUGUGGCAUGGGAAAUGCCUAUUUGACAAUGGGUGGUUGACCGUUAUUUCAACGAUGGCGGCAGGUCCGAGUCCGGAAGCUUUUAUCUUUCGUCUUCGUUUAACUGAGAAUCAAAUUGAAAAUGGAAGCUAAUCCCCGAACUCUAGCUCCUGGUUUCAAUCUUCUCUCUGUAACCAAAAUCUCUCAGAGAAGCAUAGUUUUCUAUCAGACUCAAGUCCUUCUCAUUACUUUCUUCGCUUACGCAGCGUUCCAUGCCUCUCGAAAGCCUCCAAGCAUCGUUAAGAGCGUGUUAGGUCCCGAGGUUCAAUUGGCCGACACUGAAAUAGAUAGGAAUUCCAGCUCAAUUGAUACAGGAUGGGCUCCGUUCGAUGGAAGACGUGGACCUCACAGGUUGGGAGAGCUCGAUCUCGCUUUCCUCUCUGCUUAUUCGAUUGAUCGUCAGUGGAUUGUUUCAGUCGACAGGUUGGCCUUGCGUUGUCUCUGUUUUGGGGAACUGGUUCGGGAAAUCGAAGAGAGGAUUGAUAAUGGGGAUCUGGAGUUCGCAUGCUUCUAUUGGUAAUGU